AUGCUCUUCGUCACCGAAAAAACGAGUUUGAGAAUCGCAGCCGGUCGCUGUCCGGUGUGCUGUUCGCUGCCGCCGCUGUCCGAUACCAUCACCACCACCACCACCACCUCCACCGCCACAGCCCGAUCGCUGUCGUCGCCACACCUCUUUCGGUCGGCUCGCGAUUCGAAGGAGGCGGGACGGCGAAUUCGACGCGUCGUGCAUGUCCCGCCUCGACCCGUCAACGUCCACGUCGCCGCCGGCACGUUCAAUUCCAGCGUCAUCGACAUCGUCGACAUCGAGCACUUCUACGAUUCCCCUCGAGUUUCGGGAAUCGGUUGCUUCGUCUGCAGCUCGUUCGACGGCGAAAACAAAGGAUGUGAAGAUCCAUUCAAUUCCACAAUGGAGCUCAACACUAGGGAUCGAGAGACUUCGACUCUCGCCAACUAUAAUUACCCAUGCUGGGCGUACAAAAAAGGACGACAUGGACUAUUUCCCGCUGAUCAUUGCAUCAAAAUUAUAGGUUAUCGGGCCGAAAACCAAUCCAAGUCGUUAGUCAUUCGAACAUGUGCUCUCGAUUCUGGAACACUAACAGCUGAUACAGAAAUAGUCCGGAUAUCUCAUUGUGGCAGUUUCAAAUACGAAGGUCAUCAUUAUAAAGGAUGCACAAGAAUGGCUAUGGAUUUGAUGGGAAUGGUUAACCGAUUGGAUGCAUCCAACAACGAAGAAACUCUCAAUUAUGUGCUUCUUGGGGCACCGCGACACGAAAAAUUGCCGAACCAUCCGACAUAUUUGGAAAUGUUUCAGAGAGCUAUCCGAACAUUGAACGGUAAAAAUGGAAUCAGUCCGGCGGCGAUUCUCAAAUACAUUGCUCAAAAUUACCAUGUCGGAGAAAAUCUUCCGAAGCUUAAAACUCAACUCCGCGGAUAUUUGUCAGGUGUCGUUGGAAAUGGAGAGAUGAUAAAUGAAAAUGGAAAUUUCGCAUUGAAUCCAGCUAUUGAGGCUGAAAAAGAUCUUCAGCGGCUUCUUGCGAAUUCAUCUGCGAGCGAAAAUUGGGAAAAGAAAGAAAAGAAGGCUCCAAAGCGCAAGCAAAGAAGAAUGAUCGCGAAGAAAAGAAAUGCACCAAAGAAGAGUGCACCACGUGCGAAAUCGGGUGUGAAAAAAACUGACAAAUUGUCGAGAACAGCUAAUCAGCCAAAAAUGACGAUGACCUUGCGAAAUCAACUAUCUCUCCAACACGAACAGAAGAAGAUGGCUGAUAAGUUGAACAUGACUCUUGAUGAUAUCAUCAAAAUGAAGAAGAAAGAAGAUCGCAAGGAUAACGGACAGAAGAACGGUGGAAAACCGGGAAAGAAAUUCCUAAACAAAAAUGGAAAGCAGGUCCCAGUCCGUAGAGGAGUUGCGGCUCGUGGAGCUAAAGGUGCUGUAGCCCGAGGUGCUGGAGCACGCGGAGCUCGUGCUACCGUUGCCAUUAAACGCUCCCUAGCUGUUCGUCAAGGAAUUAAGAAGGGAGCUGUUGUCAAUCAGGCCACCAAGAAGCUUGUGCAGAAGCUUGUCAAGAAUGCUCUGCGCAAAACGGGGGCAACAGGAGUAGCCAAAGCGCAGUUGCGCAAACGCGGUGGAGUUGCUCCAUCCACGAUUGCCGCUCGUCGCAACAGAGCACCGAUUAGCAGAGUCCUCCAACAAUCAAGAACUAUCUCACGAAAGCCAAUUCGCAUGCCUGUUCAGAGGGUUGUUCAGCAAAGACAGAGAGUCGUUGCACCGCAACAGCAGCCGCGCAGACAAGUUGUGCGCCAGGUUAUUACUGCUCCGGCUCCAGCUCAGCGUGUGGUUAGAAGACCACAACCACGUCAGGUCAUCGUUCAGCAAGUUGUCGAACGUCCACGCCAACAGAACAGACAGUUUGUGACUCGUCCAGUUCAGCAAAGACAGCGUGUCCAGAGACAAGUUGUUCAAGUUCAGCGUGUACGACCGCAGCCACAAUAUCAGCGUGUUGUUGAGCGAGUUGUUGAACGCCGUGUCCCAGUCCAACAGUUUAGACAGACCAACCGCUCGUUCAGUAGAAAUAAUGAUCGCUUCCGCAAUUCCGUGGCGGUUCCAGCCAGAAACAGAAGGGUCGUCAGAGAGGUUCAGAGAGUGCCGACAUUCCAAUAUGUUACGGAACGAGUUGUCAGACGCGGUCGAAGAUUUGCUGCCUACUAA